AUGGAUUUCGUAAACAAAGCCAAGAACGCCAUCAGCUCCGGAGGAAACAACUCGGCCACCACCCAACAGCCUGCAACAGGCCAGACGGGAAAUGCUGGAACCGAGGAUUAUGGUGAUAAGGGUAUGUUCCUCUCCCUCUCCCUCUCCCAAUCCAUUGCCAUAACUUCCUUCACUCCACUUUCACCACCCUCACGACUUGAUUUCGUCGAGAAGAAAUCCGGCCACACGAUCGGUCGCGAUACCAAUGAGAAGAUCACGGAUGGUGCAAGGGGCUUGUACGAGAAAGCUACUGGCUCACAAGUCAACCCCAAGUACUCCAACUAG